AUGGGCAACUACAGUGGUAUUAUGGGGAACCACAAGGGUAUUAUGGGGAACCACAUGGGUAUUAUGGGGAACUGCAGGGGUAUUGUGGGGAACUGCAGGGGUAUUAUGGGGAACCACAUGGGUAUUAUUGGGAGCCACAAGGGUAUUACGGGGAACCACAAGGGAAUUUUGGGGAACUGCAGGGGUAUUGUGGGGAACUGCAGGGGUAUUAUGGGGAACCACAUGGGUAUUAUGAGGAACCACAAGGGAAUUUUGGGGAACUGCAGGGGUAUUGUGGGGAACUGCAGGGGUAUUAUGGGGAACCACAUGGGUAUUAUGAGGAACCACAAGGGAAUUUUGGGGAACUGCAGGGGUAUUGUGGGGAACUGCAGGGGUAUUAUGGGGAACUGCCUGGAUAUUAUAGGGAGCUGCAUGGGUAUUGGGGGAAACUGCAAGAGUAUCUGGGGGAACUGUUGGGAGUUGCAGGGGUAUUAUAGGGUGCUGCAUGGGUAA